AUGGCUGAGCAAAAAAAAAGCGACCGACUGUACUUUUUCGUCAAUGGAAACAAGGUGACCGAGGAUCAUGCUGACCCGGAGACAACGCUUUUGACUUACCUGAGGGAAAAAUUGAAAUUAACCGGAACCAAGCGUGGCUGUGGUGGGGGAGGAUGCGGCACUUGCACUGUCAUGGUGUCCAAAUACCAACCUUCCUCCAAAGAAAUCGUUCAUUUUGCAGCCAAUUCAUGCCUAUUGUUCAUCUGUCAAGUUCAUGGUGCAGCCAUCACCACUGUGGAGGGCAUCGGCGACACCAAAACUAGGAUCCACCCUGUACAGGAGCACAUAGCCAAGGCCCAUGGCUCCCAGUGCGGCUUCUGUACUCCUGGUUUUGUGAUGUCCAUGUACACCCUGUUGAGGAAUGAACCGCAGCCCAAAAUGGACAACAUCUUAGAGGCACUCUCUGGUAAUCUAUGUCGCUGUACUGGCUACAGGCCAAUUCUUGAUGGCUGCAGAACAUUCUGUCAGGAGUCCAACUGCUGCCAGAACAAUGGUGACAGUGACAGCUGCCUUAGUAAAAAUGAAAACAUCGAUAAACUGGACGAUGAUGCACCGAAGCUGUUUAACGCGAGGGCAUUUGCUCCACUGGACCCGACACAAGAGUUGAUUUUCCCACCGGAACUUAUUCGGCUGGAGACAGAAAAUGCCCAGGAGACACUCACCUUCCGUGGGGAGAGGGUCACCUGGGUGUCCCCGGUCUCUCUGGAGGAGCUGGUCCAGCUCAGGAAAGACAAUCCAGAUGCUCCACUGGUCUUUGGCUGUACCAUCAUAGGUCCGCUGAUAAAGUUCAGGAGGAAGGAAUACGCAGUGAUGAUAUCCCCCAUGAGGGUCCACGAGCUUUUCACGGUCACCCAUACCCCAGACGGGGUGUGGGUAGGGGCGGGUUUGACUAUGUCCGAGGUGAAGUCUCUGCUGCAGCGGCUGGUGGAGGAGCUUCCCUUUGAAAUGACCGAGCUGUUCAGGGCUCUGGUCCAACAGAUCGGGCAACUGGCAGGCCCACAGAUCCGCAACGUGGCGAGUUUUGGAGGAAACAUUGCGAGUGCUCGUUCUACAUCAGAUGUAAACCCCAUUUUGGCUGUUGGAAACUGCACACUGAGGGUCGUUUCAGCUGGAGAAACAAGAGAGAUUCCUGUGACCCAGAUGGUCUCUGCGAAGGAAAAGGAUUUGAUAAUCUCUGUUUUCCUCCCUCACACCACAACGGGAGAGCUGGUACGAGCCUUCCGUCAGGCCCCACGGAAAUGCAAUGCCUUUGCCACAAUAAUCGCAGGGAUGCGGGUGUUGUUCAAUGAAGGCACCAGGGAAGUGCAGGACCUCAGAAUUUACUGGGGAGGAUUUGGACCAACCCCUGUUGGUGCUCCCAAAACCUGCGCCACUAUCAUUGGAAGGCUGUGGGAUGAUGAGACGCUCAGCCAGGCCUAUGAUGUACUCCUGGAGGAGUUUUCUACUAUUUCAUCGAAUGAGGUGCACUUUCGCCGCUCCUUGAUGCUCAGCCUGCUCUUCAAGUUCCACCUUGAAGUUCAGCACAGGCUCAGAGAAAUGGACCUCCCUGUGUUUCAGAACGUGAUCACAGACGACCUUCCUGCGGCGAUGCAAAGUGGAAUAAAGUCUUUACCCAAAGACAUCCAACCUGGCAUACAGGAGUUUCAGGGUGUGCCGGAAGACCAGGCGGAAUGGGACUCGGUGGGACAUCCCAUCAUGCAUCGCUCUGCCCUUAGCCAAGCCACCGGAGAAGCUGUGUAUUGCGACGACCUUCCCAUAAUAGAUAACGAGCUAUUUAUGGUCGUGGUGACCAGUGAUGAGAUUUUUGCCACAUUAACAGACAUAGAUGUGACCCAGGCUCGGAAUGCUCGUGGCGUGGCGGAUGUCAUAACCUCCAGGGACAUUCCAGGGAAAAAGGUCCGCACUUUGUAUGGUUACAAAGAGGAACUGCUCGCCGAGAACAAGGUACUGUUGUGUGUAUCAUGUUAUGGUCAGAUGGUGUGUGCAGUGGUCGCUGACUCCAUGACCAACGCCAAACGAGCGGCAGCACUCGUGAAGAUCACCUAUGAAAAACUGCCAAACCCGGUUUUCACUGUGGAGGAAGCCAUAGAGAGGGAAGAAUUUUUUGAACCUCGGAGAAGGCUCGAAAGAGGAGACGUGGAGGAGGCCUUUGCAAAUGUUGAUCAUGUCUAUGAAGGGGAGAUUCGAAUUGGUGGCCAGGACCAUUUCUACAUGGAGACCCAGAGCAUGCUGGUGGUACCUGUAGGAGAAGAGAGAGAAUUCAAUGUUUUCAUUUCCUGUCAGUGGCCAUCACUUACCCAGCAGGCAGUAGCAGAGACGCUGGACAUCCCGUUAAACAGGGUUACCUGUCACGUGAAAAGGAUGGGCGGGGCUUUUGGAGGGAAGUUAACCAAAACAACCAUCCUGGCUUGUAUCACUGCUGUGGCUGCCUGGAAGACUAAGCGGGCGGUGCGAUGUGUUCUGACAAGAGGCGAGGAUAUGCUAAUCACAGGAGGCCGACACCCUGUCAUUGGCAAAUACAAGGUUGGGUAUAUGGAUAAUGGAAAGAUUUUGGCUGCAGAAGUUGAGUAUUGCGCCAAUGCUGGCAACACUGUGGAUGAGUCCCCUGCUGUGAUCGAGAAGAUGAUUUGUCAUUGCGACAAUGCCUACAAUAUACCCAACCUGCGAGCGAGCGGCUCGGCCUACAAGACCAACAUGCCCUCCAACACGUCCUGCAGGGGCUUCGGUGUGCCCCAGGGCAUCCUGGUCAUAGAGAACAUGAUCAGCGAUGUGGCCUGUAAGCUGGGUCGCCCUGCUGACCAGAUCCGUGAGAUUAACAUGUACAAUGGGCCAUCUCUAACUCACUACAAGUUUCCAUUCGACUCGGAGAACCUGCAGCUUUGUUGGGAGGAGUGCAAAAAGAGGUCCAACUUCAGGUCCCGAUGCUGGGAGGUCAGCCUGUUCAACCAGCGGAACCGUUGGAAGAAAAAAGGCAUUUCGCUGAUCCCUAUCAAGUUUGGUGUUGGCUUCUCAGAGAGCUUCCUCAACCAGGCUGGGGCUCUGGUCCACAUUUAUAAGGAUGGUUCGGUUCUGGUCAGCCACUGCGGGGCAGAGAUGGGUCAGGGCAUCCACACCAAAAUGCAACAGGUGGCAAGCAAAGAGCUCGGUGUGCCUCUCUCUAAGGUCCACAUUUCUGAGACCAGCACCGCCGCUGUGCCCAACGACGGCCCCUCUGCUGCCUCGUUUGGCACUGACGCAAAUGGCGAGGCGGUCAAGCUAGCCUGCCAGACCCUGUACCGAAGGCUAGAGCCAAUCAGACAGCAGAGCCCCAACAGCGCAUGGGAGUUAUGGAUUGAUGACGCGUAUAAACAGAAGAUCAGUUUAUCAGCUACUGGAUACCAUAGAGGUCCUGACAGUUGCAUGAAGUGGGACGAGAUGGAGGGUCAGCCAUAUCCCUACUUCACCUAUGGAGUUUGCUGCAGCGAGGUGGAGUUGGACUGCCUCACAGGAGACUAUAUGACGCUGAGGACCGACCUCGUACUCGACAUCGGCAGAAGCAUUAAUCCCUCUGUGGACAUCGGCCAGAUUGAAGGGGCCUUUAUGCUGGGCCUGGGUCUAUACACCACUGAGAAGCUGAACUUUUCCAAAGGGAAACUCUACUCCUGGGGUCCUUCCCAGUAUCAUAUUCCUGCUGUGUGUGACAUGCCGCUGCAGUUCAACGUCUAUCUGCUCCCAAACUCUACCAACCCUCAUGCUAUCUACUCCUCAAAGGGUGUCGGAGAACCCAGCCUGUUUCUGGGCAGCUCGGUGUUCUUCGCCAUCAAAGACGCGGUGGCGGCGGCCCGGGUCGAUUCCAGUUUGUUCGAACCAUUCCGACUGGACAGCCCCUCCACCCCGGAAAACUCGUGUGUGGCCUGUGCGACGUCCUUCACCCAAAAGGUUCCAGUAAACAAUGAUGUUUCACGUAAUGAGUUUUGA